AUGAGGAAGAUGAACGCCAGUUACGGCGUCCCGAUCGCCCCCAUGCAGCGUCGAACAGGUUCCAUGCCCCCGACCACGCAGAUCAAGAUCGCAGCGCCGAUCAAGCCACGACUCCCAGUCCAGCGCGCAGCCUCCGCGACUUCCGUUGUGGCGGCUGCCACUGGGAACAAGGUCACUCGUCUAGCCAUCACGCCGGACAUUGCCGACUUCAAGCUCGUCCAGAUCUUCCACCAGUUCUGCGAUCCCGUGACGAAGGUGCUGACGCUGCCGCGCUUCCAGCAGCUGCUGCUCCACCACCACGUGAAGGAGGAAAGCUCCAGUAGCUCAAUGGUGACGCCCAAUGCGCAGACGCUCUUCAAAGCGCUGGACAUCAACAACGUCGGUCAUUUGGAUCUGGAACGCUUCAUGCACUCGUUCCAGAUCUGCAACCGCUGCACGGAGGCCAAGCGCCGAGCCCACCAAGCUUUAUGCGCUAGUCAAGGACAGACCUUCACGCCAACAGCUCUGGAACGACAGUUGAUGGAGGACGUCGCGCCUGUGGUUGUGCGCGUAGUGCCCACACGCUUCGAAGGCCACAAGGUCAAGAGCUGUGAGCACUACCAGUGGACCUGGUGCGAGGGCUUCGAGAAGACUGGCAACGAGAAGUGCCGCGGCACCAACCGCCACGACAAAUGCCCAAAGUACCUGGCCAACUGCACACUCUGGAAGCACAAGCUGCCGCCCAAGAGCCGGAAGCCCAAGAUACUGAUCGAGAACGUCGACUCGCCCACCAAGAAGCUCAAGCACUUCUCCUAA